CAGAAGCAAAAGCACCUUCAGCCACUAUAUAGAGAGAUUUGGCCACUAUAUAUCAGAGUUGAAGUACUCAGGAAAGUAUGAAUCAUCCCCACAUCAGUCCAAAAUUCAUUCGAUUGCUUACCUUUUCUGCUUUCCUCGCCCUCCUCCAAUGGCAUCUGGCCUAUGCCGACCCUCCUUAUCGGUUUUGUCCCAACACAAGUAACUAUACAGAUGGUGGUCAAUUUCAAAAGAAUCUAAACGAUGUCCUCCAUUUUCUAACCUCAAAUGCUUCAGCUUCCAAAUUCUACGAUACCUCCGCAGGAAAUGGCACGGAUCAAGUUUAUGGUGCCCACAUGUGCCUCAAUUAUAUCACAAAUGAAACCUGCCGGAACUGCAUAGCAACCGCUACACAAGACAUUUUGAAGGUUUGCCCAAACACGAGGGAAGCAGUUGUAUGGGAGGAAGAAUGCCAGCUGCGCUAUUCCAACCAAAAUUUCUUUGGCCAAGUGAAUGUUACAGGAAACAUCGGCUUAGAUAACGUGCAGAAUAUUUCCCAACCAGAACAGUUCAAAUCUGUUGUUAAGGAAACUUUGAAUAACCUUACGACGGAGGCUGCAGGAGCUAUCAAUCUUUCAGCUAAAUUAAUGUAUGCUACCGGAGAAGUAACCUUUGAGGAUGAAACAAUAUAUGCUCUUGUGCAGUGCACAAGAGACUUGUCCGGUGAUGGCUGUAAUUCAUGCCUUCAGACGGCCAUAACAGAUGUAUUAAAUUGCUGCUAUUUCUCUAUUGGAGCAAGACUUCUUAGUCGUAGUUGCUACUUGAGGUAUGAGUUAUACAGCUUUUAUGGAGACACAUCUAAAUCUCCACGUUCAACUAAUGAUCAAGGGGCAAGCGGCGGAAAGAAAAUGAGGAUCAUCAUUACCCUCAUAGUGGUAACAGCCUGCUUGGCGCUAGUACUUUUUGCUGCCUUCAUAUAUUGCCUUGUGAACAAAAAGGCUAUAAAACGGGUGAGAAAAGGUGGUAUGAGUCGACAAGCAAAUAGUACUCGUAUCGAUGCAGAUUUUCCCCGUAUUGAUUUGGCAUCAAUACAAGCAGCUACUGACAACUUCUCUGAUUCAAACAAGCUUGGGCAAGGUGGUUUUGGUCUUGUUUACAAGGGUAUCCUAGGUGAUGGAAAGGAAGUAGCGGUAAAGAGGCUCUCAUUCUGUUCGGAGCAGGGUUCAGAGGAAUUUACAAAUGAGGUUCUACUAAUAAUGAGGCUUCAACACAAAAACCUCGUCAAGCUUCUUGGUUUCUGCAUAGACGGAGAGGAAAAGCUGCUUGUCUAUGAAUUCAUGCCCAACAGCAGCCUAGAUGUCUUUCUCUUUGAUCGAAGUAGACGAGCACAAAUUGAUUGGAAUAAACGAGUUAACAUAAUAGGUGGAAUUGCUCGAGGAGUUCUUUAUCUUCACGAGGAUUCUCGACUCAGAAUCAUUCAUAGGGACCUAAAAGCAAGCAAUGUGUUGUUGGACUAUGACAUGAACCCCAAGAUCUCAGACUUUGGAAUGGCAAGAAUCUUUGCAGGGACCGAAGGUGAAGCUAAUACGGCUAAAAUUGUCGGGACAUAUGGGUACAUGGCUCCGGAAUAUGCUAUGGAAGGAAUGUAUUCCAUUAAGUCUGACGUGUUUAGCUUUGGAGUACUCUUAAUUGAGAUUUUAACUGGGAGAAGAAAUGCUGGCUUCCAUAGAACAAAACGUGCUCCUAGCCUCGUUGCAUUUGCAUGGACACUAUGGAAUGAAGGAAAUCAUGUUUUGGAGUUAAUGGAUCCUUUGUUGAAGGAGUCGUGCAGCCCGGACGAGUUUCUAAGAUAUUUGCAUAUUGGAUUAUUGUGUGUUCAAGAAGAUGCAAAUGAAAGGCCAACCAUGUCUACUGUCGUUGUAAUGUUGAAAAGUAACACUACUAGUACUCUUUGCCAACCUCAACGACCUGCCUUUUCUGUGGGCAGAUUCACUGAUCACUACGAAACAAGUGGACCAAGAUUUAUCUCCGUCAAUGGCUUGUCGAUUUCCAAUAUUGGACCUCAAGUUAAUUACCUUGAUCCAUCUCCACUACCUUUUGGCCAUAGUAAUCAUUAUCCUAUGAUCAUGUUCAACCAUAUUUGGAAGAUGGAUAAGAAAGAUGCAUUAUUGGCUAUGCUUUUGUUGAUUAUACCACUUCUGAUGCGCCCUAUGCUUGCGGCCACGCCGGCCAGUGGGGAUCCUCUCUUUACGUUUUGUAACACAGAGAUCUCGAUCAAAAACUACACACUCAACAGCCCAUUUGAAAACAAUCUCAAGCUCCUCCUCGGGUCUCUGCCUUCCAAUACUUCGUUGACAGGUUUCAACAACACCUCCACUGGAGAGGACUCGGACAGAGUCUAUGGACAGGCGCUUUGUAGAGGGGAUGUCAACUCCACAGUUUGUCGGAAUUGUAUACAGACUGCAACCAAGGAAAUCUUAAAGCAGUGCAGAAGUGAAGAUGCUAUGAUAUGGUUUGAACUCUGUCAAGUUCGCUACUCCUUCCAGAACUUCUUUUCCUCGAUGGUUUAUACUGGGAAGUAUCCAGAGCAGAAUCGAAUGCAGAAGAAUAUAUCAAAUCCAGUUCAUUUAGAGCAAGUUUUAACGUACUUAAUGAAUAACAUCUCGAACGAGACUGCGUUUGAUCCCUCUACACGCAUGUUCGCAACUGGUGAAAUUAAAUUCUCAAGGAAGAAAAGAAUCUAUGGUCUUGUACAAUGUACUACGGACAUCUCAGAAGAGUCCUGUUAUAACUGUUUGCAGUCAGCCUUUAGAGAGCUUCAGGCAUGCUGCUUUUAUCGCCAAGGUGGAAUUAUUGUUAGUAGGAAUUGUAAUAUGAGGUUUGAGCUGUACCGAUUCUACAACGCCUCAAGUUUUCAGUUGUCCCUCCCAGCUUCUCAAGGGGCUAGAUGGAAGAUUUGGAUGGUUGUGGUGGUUACGUGUAUACCACUCUCAGUUUUAGCUGUUCUUAUUGGAUCAUGUGCGGUUAAUUAUCAUUUGCGGAAGAAAAGAAGGCAAAGAGAUGAUGAUAAAAGCCAGAAUGCAGAACUGUUACAUGAGCUGGCAAGCCCCACCGGCGUUGCCAUUACACAAGAGGGGGAAUUGGUAAGUUCGGAAGACCUACAUUUCAUGAGUCUGUCAAUAAUAAUGGCAGCCACGGAUGACUUUUCUGAGUCAAACAAGCUCGGGCAAGGUGGCUUUGGCACUGUCUACAAGGGAGUGCUAGAAGAUGGGAAGGGAGUAGCGGUUAAAAGACUAUCAAGGAAGUCAUGGCAAGGCUUAGAGGAAUUUAAAAAUGAGGUCAUACUCAUUGCACGACUUCAACAUAGAAACCUUGUGAAGCUCUUGGGAUGUGCCAUUGAGGGUGAGGAAAAGCUGCUUGUGUACGAAUUCAUGCCCAACAGAAGCCUUGAUUUCUUUAUAUUUGAUCCGAAGAAACGCAGUCAGCUUGACUGGAAGACAUACAAUAACAUUAUUGUUGGUAUUGCGAAAGGACUUCUUUAUCUUCACGAGGACUCUCGACUUAAAAUAAUUCACAGAGAUCUAAAGCCAAGUAAUGUAUUACUGGACCAUGAAAUGGUCGCCAAAAUAUCAGAUUUUGGCAUGGCAAGGAUCUUCGGUGAGAACCAGAACACUGCUAACACUAGGAGAGUCGUCGGAACAUACGGAUACAUGGCUCCCGAGUAUGCAAUGGAGGGACUAUUUUCUGUAAAAUCUGAUGUUUUCAGCUUUGGCGUCAUCUUGCUUGAGAUUAUUAGUGGCAAGAAAAAUAGCGGCUUCUACUUGACCGAGCAUGCCCAGACACUCCUUGCAUACGCAUGGAGACUUUGGAAUGAAGGGAAAGAAAUGAAGUUUGUGGAGCCUGUGUUGAUAGAGUCCUGCCUGACUACACAAGAAGUUAAAAAAUACAUGCAUAUCGGGCUUUUGUGUGUCCAAGAGGAUCCAGCGGAUAGACCCACAAUGUCAUCCGUCGUAGUUCUAUUGGGAGACGAAUCAAUAUUACCUCUUCCUAAACCAAAACAGCCUGCACUUGCUAUGGGUAGAAUCGUUCAGCAGAUUGAUCCCUUUCCCGUUACAAAUCCUUCUGUAAAUGGGCUUACUGUUUCCAGUCUUUCUCCUCGCUGA